AUGGCCUUCUCCACUCCGUUGCGCUCCGAUCCGCACUCCAAUAUGGUUGGACGGUUCCCUGGCCUUUCCCCAGAUCUGAUCGGAAAGUCCUCGGACGAUGAAAGCGACUCCAUUGCUCAUCCUGUGGACGAGAGUCCUACGCGAGCUGCAGUGGCUCGACGGCAAGCGAGAGAGCGGUCGCGACAGAGUCAAUCACCACCCGCGUCUAUCCCACCCAGAAACCAGACAGUACAAGCCUACCUUCGUGAAGGGACUAAAGAGAAUUUGAACCGAAACCCACAGCGAUCGCUCUUGGAGUAUUGCUCCCGAGGAACGAAGGCACUCAAUGGUUCAAACUCCAUGUCAGGUUCUAGUCAGACCUCCCCGGAACGACCGGCAUGGAUUCCGUCAAAUGCGCCCUAUAUAGAAAUCUUGGACGACGAGCCGGAUGAUGGGGUAUCUUUAGCGGCGACACAUGUGGAUGUUCCAACGACGACCGGUCAAGCCCAAACCAAUGGGCUAGUCCCCGAUUUGACGUCUGCAAAUCUUGCGCAAACUGACUCAGCUGAUUCAUCAGACCUUGAAAUGCAUGGAUCAGAGUCCCCAUUCUCUUUAGUAAGUCAGCAAGAGACGCCAAGGACGGACGUUUCCGAUCAUGGAUUAGAGCACCGGCAAAUUGGGCCGGAACGUAUCUCAGAUUCGUAUAGCACUGAGGAUAUUAUACUCGCUAUCCGCGAUGUAAUCUGCGGGUGGAGCGGGGCCCAAGAGAGAGAAUCCAAGAAAGGAUAUGCAUACAUUUUCCAUGAUCCAUCCGCCCAGAGCCCUUACUAUAAAAUUGGACACUCUGGAAAUGUGAAAGUGCGCACCCAACAGCAUCAGAAUCAAUGUCAGCUACGGAAGUGGAGCGCCAAACAAAGUCCUGCAUUGCGAGACUACAGACUCCUCGAGAAACUAGCACACGCCGAACUCCGAAAUUUGCGGUGCAAACCCAACUGUUUCUGCAGAGUGGAACACAGGGAGUACUUUUUGGGCACGGCGGCGCAUGGACAGGAUAUCCUGGAUUCUUGGUCGCGGUGGCUUAAAAAGGAUCCGUAUAACGACGAUGGGAACCUUGGGCCAUUCUGGGUUAACCGGCUGAAUGUAUUUGUUGACGAGUGUUCGGGCUUUUUUCACUGUACGGCCAUUGAAGAUACCAGACACCAUCUUGAUAGCAAUGCUUGCCAGGCGUGCCUUCGCAAAGGAUGGCAGAAGUUCACCAACCCUACCGCACAAGAUAUAUUCGAGUAUGAUUGUCAAACAAGAGUUCCCUUUGCCUGGGGUCGCUUGCUGUUACAGGCCUGUUAUCGCCACUUUCCCUACUAUGAAACCAAGCUUGCCUGCAUUAUUGACUGCAUAGAACGUGUGUGUCGGAUGUGGGAUUCUGUGUCGAGCAUUCAAGUAAUUUUGGCUAUGUUGCUUGGAAAGGGCCUCUAUCUCACGGCAUGCUCGUUACGGGAGCGCACAUUCGAUAUUUCUAGAUUACCUGAAUUUUACUUGGCAUGCGCUGCAGCUUACCGGCUGUUUCUCCUACCCAUGGGUAGCAUGAAUUCUGUCGAUCGGACCUUGUCAAAGGAAGCCAAAAGAGCAGCAUCGCCUGCUAAGAAGUCUGCGCGCGUCAUCUCAAAGUCACCUGGAAUGCCCACACCAUCCUCGAACCAAUCCCAGAGGACCUCCAAGACCACACGGAAGACGCAGCUCCCGGAGCAGCCACCCAAUAUAGAGCUCUUCAAUGCUCAAAGCAAUCCCGACAAAGACCACAGCGACGACACGACCGAGAUCAUCGGAUGA